AUGCUAACAUUCACAACCGUUGCCCCUGUGGCUGUGAUCCUGAUCAUGGAUCGAGCCACCGCGCCCACCUCCAGCUCCACGAGCAGUACGGCCCUGUGGUCCGAACUGCGCCUAACGAAGCCUCUUUUAUCAGCCCAACAACAGAUAUAUGCCACGGAGGCCAUCAAGCGCGACACUCAACGCUUCGUGCGGUUCCUCGAAGGCAAACAAGACAUCGCCAACUAUGACCAUGAGUCCGACCACCGACGGUUCCGCAAAGCAAUAUACCAGGCAGUCACUGGCCCCGCAUUCUUGACUCAUCAGGCGGUCAUUCGCCGGAACACGUCAGUCUUUCGUAAACGACUCGACGCUGUCGUGGUGCAAGGAAAUGGUGAAGGUCGGGUAGAUAUGACCAAGCUAUACAGCUGGUUCAUGCUCGACCUGGCAGGGAAUUUGAUCUGGAGGGAGCUCUUCGGCUGCUUGCAAAACAUGGAAAGCCAUCCGCGGCUCGCAGCAAUGGGAUUCAUGACCUUCGGGACCUACUUUCGCCUGGUUGGCGUAUCACCUCUGCUGCAGAAGCUGACCCGGUCGGUGAUCCCCAAGCGCAUUCGCGACUAUCCCCGCAGGGAGAGCGUCUUCUCCAUCAUGCGCCAGCGCAAGACCCUCUCCCCGACGGAGAUGGACGCUAAUCUGAUGGUGCUGGGAGUCGCCAGUAGUGUGACUGUUCAUUCUGCUGUUCUGACCGCCACGGCCUUCCUGGCGGUGCACAAACAGUGCGAAUAUCGCGCUCCCUCGGGAGACAAAGUAGAGGACUACAACUUUGUAUGAGGCCAUCGGACUAUUUCAAACCACGAAGAACGAUACAUUGCCUCUCAAAUCAGUCGAGCUGCGACCCACAUGCGCAAUGAAGUCGCCGGGCUCGAUCGCGUAUUUCAUUCCCGCAUCCCAUAGCCUAAGACUACUUAUCCUGACCUUCAUACUGACUGUAGCAGUCUCACCUGCCCGGAGAAAGACCUUCUGGAAGCCCUUAAGCUGCUUAUUGGGCGUGACGUCUGAAGAGAUCGG